UACAUAAAUUAAUCGAGUAUCAAUAAUUGAUGUUAUUCCAAAAAUAUCGGCAAGAUUGCCGGUUACUGGAAAGUCUGGAUGUGCUCCAAUUUGCGACAAUAUUUGAUAAAAAAUAAAUACGGAAAGAGAAUAUUAAAAUCAAGAGAAAAUUGUUUAAUUUGGUUAAAAGAAAAAUUUGAAAAAUGGUUAAAAAUAAUCUGUGAAAAUAAUUCUAAGAAAUAUGGAGGAUUUUCGAUGAUUGUUGGAGGAUCCAUACUCUUGGAUACAGCUACAGAUAAUUCUGAUAUUGACAUUAUUUUCUUAAUACCUUCAUUAAAUUAUUGUGAUGGUUUAGAGGAACAAUCAAGAAACGAUUUAAUUUUUGGAAAUAAUGAAAAUUCCUUUUAUUUUUAUUUGGCUAAAGAAUUAGAGGAGGAAUAUUCAAGAGAAUUGAAUUACAAUUGUGAUCUAUUCAAUGUCAAUUCAAUAGCCAAUGCCCGUGUACCACUCAUAGAAUUAGUAAUAGAAGGGCACGAAAUGGAUAUUAUGUUUGCACAACUUCCAGUUACAUCAAUUCAUGCAGAAUUAAAGCUGUCGGAACAUAAUAAUAAAGAAGUUAUUAAAGAAAAUAUUUACAUAUUAAAUGAACUAAUUGAACGAAUGGAUAAUUUAAAUGAUUCUGAACAUUUUCAGAGUAUUUUAAUCCUUUCAGGCUUGUUUAUAAUAUUAUAA